UACAUACUAGCAACCACUACUACUACAACCAUGGCAUCUGCAAGCAGCUCUGCACAGGCCGCCUUCGGGCUGGGUCGGAGGAAGAAGAACCCCGGCGUCCUGGAUCAAAUUGGAAAGUUCUUUGGAGGGGACAAGAAGAGGAAGAGCAAGGGAUCUUUCCGAGGUGCUCUCUCUCCAGGCCCUCAGAAAGCCUCUGCGACUUCCCCACGUAAGCGUGGAGCAGAAAACGCUGUGGUCCAUUUCUUCCGCACGAUCGUGUCCCCUGCCCCUCCCAAGUCUAGGUGGAGAGGACUAGCAGCCAAGAUAGGCCUGGGUGACCAGAAGUCACAGUCAGCUAAAGCCAAGAAGGCCAGUGGGGACGGCAAAGGCUCCCUGACUAGGAUCUUCAAAAUGUGAUGAUAUCAGCGGCAGAGGAAGCAGGAGUGCUUCUCCAGCCAAACGCUGAGGUCCCUUUCUACAACCCCUUCCAACAGCACGAGGGCAGAUGUUCAAGAACACGGGACUGAAGUGGGGAAAAAGAGGAAGAAAAGGAGGAAAUCUUGUCACCCCUUAAACUCCCCCCUCACCCUUUGAUAAUACUCUAAUGUACGCUAAAUCCCUCAUCUCCCUUAUUAUCACCCCCCCACCCCUUUUGGCUGGUAGAUAGCGACACAAUCUGUUGCCCCCCCCUCCCUGCAUGCUUUGUGCUGAGUCUGUGCAGUCAUCAUCAUUGGUGUGAACUGUUUGCUGAAUUUGAUCCUGAAGCCGCUCACAUGUGCAGCCUGAAUGACCCCCCCUGACCCCCUGCCCUGGCUCUCUUUACUUGUGCUUGAGUUUCUCUGGUUGUCUUCGUCGAUUUCUCUAACAAAAAAAAAUAAAUAAACGGGGCGGCUAAACUGAAGCAUACCCGGAGCAGUUGAAGGUUUACGGCCGGUGCAAGUCCGACUGACUUGACCGUCAUUGCCGCUUGCUGAUUGGACGAAAAGACCGGGUCGUUUCUGUUUUAGUAAAAGAGCGGUUUUCUGUCUUGUCAAACUGUCUUUGUCAGUCCCUCGAACCUUUUUCUGUGAGCUCAAACACUUGAGUUUGAGUUCUGUUUUGUGAUAGAUUUAACUGUUUUGACAUUUUUAUGAGAGCCAUUUUAGUCACAGUGUGUUUUCAUUCAACCCUUUGUGUCUUAGCUGUACUUAAGUGUCCUGUCGUGAAUGUCAUGUUGAUCUAUGUUUGUCGUUAGGGCCUAAAGGCUGGCUGUGGAUUUUGUGGUAAAAAAUGUAAUUUCUAAACCUUCUAAAUCAAUUUUAAGCAACAGUCACUGGAAAGAAACAGAUACAUUAGUCUUUCCUAAUGUAUCAUUUCUUUUUCAGUCCAUGAGAUAAUGACAUACACUAACGUUCCUCUAAAUUCUUUCGUAGCGCACUGUUUUCCACCAUUAAAAACUGCCAGACUCUGAAUCUGAAUCCGAAGCGUGAUGCUGGUGCUGCAGCAUGAUGCCAGAUCCAGACCUCUCUUCUUUGCUUUACUGUAGUCUAGGUCUCUUCUUUCUUUGUCUCUCUCCGUUUCUAUCUUCUGCGCAGCAGCACACAUACUGUAAAUUCGCAAAAAAACUGUCUCUUUCUUCCAUCCUGACUACCAAAAAACGAUGUGCCGUGUUUUUUUCCCCCCGUCUCGUGGAUCAUUUAAAAACACAAACACAAUUUCAAAAAGGUGCUCUGUAACUAACUUGAAGUUUUCUGAAAUACAUAUAUAUAUAUAUUAAAAAAAAGGUCAGCACAGCCACUCGUGCUGUUCAAAAACAUCCAUUUUCCAAAAGUGUUUAAAAAAAAGAAGAAGAAAAAAGCAGGCAUGUGUGACAUGUAAGCGUUCAUCUUUCCCACUGUUUGUGUGUGCUUGAGCCUUGUGAGUGCUGUGUGGUGUGUGUUUUUUUUUCUGAAUGGAUCCUGUGGAUGAAUGUAAAGAUCCUCUUCAUUAUUGUAUGUGUAAUAAAACAUGACCAGCCACUUAACUGAGAAUAAAAAAAAUAAAAAUCAUAAAACCACCUCUA